GCGCUGUAAGCGCAUUCGCUCGCGAGAGCUCGUCCGCGCACGGUGACAUGUGUCGCGCCACGUGACCACGCGAUCAGACACGAGCGACGACGAGCGCGAGUAGCCUCGAGUUGACCGACCGGCCGACUUAACGUAACGGAAGCCGAGCUUCAAAGCACGCAAUCGAAAGUCGUUCGACGACGGCGGCGAACGGCCGGAAUUUUACCGGAGUUUCACUUCUAACCUAAAUACGACGGCGUUCACGCUCGCGCGCGCGCGCUUGUGUGCGUCUCCUCACAUACCAAUCGACAACUUGGCCAGCGGAGGAUUUGAUUUUACGCGAGGAUCAUAUAUGCUCUCGACUCGUUGGCCUUUUAAAGGUGAUUACAUAAACCUUCUUCCAAGAGAGAGAGAGAGAGAGGCAUCGGCAUUUCUCGAGGACCCACCGAGCUGAGGAUUUAACCGAGAUGUGGCCGAAGGACGUCGGCAUCCGGGCGCUCGAGGUAUACUUCCCGGCGCAGUACGUGGAGCAGACAGAGCUGGAGGCAUACGAUGGCGUUUCCGCGGGCAAGUAUACCAUCGGUCUCGGCCAGUCGCGGAUGGGUUUCUGUAACGAUCGGGAAGACAUCAACUCGCUGUGCCUGACGGUGACGCACCGGCUGCUAGAGCGUUACAGAAUCGAGCCGCGCGACAUCGGUAGACUGGAGGUAGGCACCGAGACGAUCCUCGACAAGAGCAAGUCGGUCAAGUCCGUGCUGAUGCAGCUGUUUGAGCCGCACGGCUGCACCGACAUCGAGGGCGCGGACACUACCAACGCCUGCUACGGCGGCACCGCUGCUCUCUUCAACGCCGUCGCCUGGGUGGAGAGCAGCGCCUGGGACGGCAGGUUCGCUCUCGUCGUCGCGGCCGACAACGCCGUGUACGAGGCGGGCAACGCUAGAUCUACUGGCGGCGCGGGCGCGAUCGCCAUCCUGGUGGGUCCCAACGCGCCCCUCGUGUUCGACCGCGGCUUGCGCGCGUCCUGCAUGCGACACGCGUACGAUUUCUACAAGCCAGAUCUGCGAUCCGAGUACCCGGUCGUGGACGGCAAACUAUCGAUUCAGUGCUACUUGAGCGCCCUGGAUAGCUGUUACCAGCAGUACCGUGACAAGAUCAGGCAGAAGGACCCCGUCGGUGAUCCCGUAACGUUGACCAACUUCGACGCGUUUCUCUUCCAUUCGCCCUACUGCAAACUCGUACAGAAAUCCUUCGCCCGGCUGGCUUUCAUUGAUUUUCUCAACACGCCGAAGGAUCAGCUCUGCGACCGCUAUAAGGACGCGGCGAGCUUCCACGCCACCAAACUCGAGGACACCUACUUCGAUCGGGACAUCGAGAAAGUCUUCGUGCAACUGAGCAAAGCGGACUUUGAGCGAAAGACUCGACCCAGCCUGUUGAUAGCGAAUCAAGUCGGAAAUAUGUACACACCGUCCGUCUAUUCCGGUUUAGUGUCGUUACUCAUAUCAAAACCGAUAAGUGAAUUGGCCGGCAACAAGAUCGGCGUGUUCUCAUACGGAUCGGGCCUCUGCUCCAGCAUGUACUCGUUGACGAUAACGAGAGACACGCAGGAUGGCUCCGGCCUGUCCAAGAUUAUCACCGCUCUUUCUUACGUCAAGCCGCAAUUGGAGGGACGUCACUGCGUUUCCCCGGCGGAUUACACCAGGGUAUUGACAUCGAGGGAACACAGUUGUCACGUUGUGCCAUUCACUCCGGAGAGUAGUAUAGACGACAUGUUUCCGGGAACGUAUUACUUGAUCCAGGUGGACGAAAAAUACAGAAGGACUUAUAAGAGAGUAUGAAAACGGCGUAUUAGAUUUCAAGGUUUAGGGUUAUUUAUAAUCAAUUUUCUUCUCAAAAAUAUGUGUAAAAUGAAAGGCACAAGGUUUAACUUGAUUGUACAAUUUCUAAUUGCUGUAACAGCAAUCGUAUAAUAGUGGUGGAUGAGAAACGUCGUCGUAUCAAAAAUUCAUUCAAUCUGAGUCUUCCUGAUACACUUCUUUUUCUUCUUCAUUAUAUAUUCAUUAAUAUAUCAUUUCUUUUUAUCAUACUUUAAAUUGCAAAUCUACAUUUGCAUUGACAUAGAAAGCAGCAUUACGCAAAGUGCCUUAUAUAGAUUGUUCUUACACAAAAUAAAGAAAAAAUAGAGUCAAGAAAUUUUUUAUACAUUUAUGUGCUCGAAUGCUAUUUUUAGCUCGGUUAUACACGUUAAUAUAAACAUAUAAUAAGUUGAUAGAGCAGAAAUGUUAUAUAAGAAUUCUAGCUUGUAUGCAGUAUGAAGCAGAUUAAUUAAAGAAAAUUAAUUUCUAUUAGAUGAUAUUUAAAUUUUAUAAAUGAUAUUUAAUUUAAAUUUAUAUAUAUAUAUAUAUAAUAAUUCAUUAAACGGAGAUUUUUUCCGAUUUAUAUAUCUAUAUUGGUUUAUUGUUUAUUUGCAUCAUCAUGAUCAAUCUUGUUAAGUAUCUGGUAUAUAAGAAUUAUGUCUUCUCUACCUCGUUUUCCUUAUUUUAUACGUCUGUUGAUUCUGCAAUGAAAUAUUGUCUUAACACAAUAAAACCAAAUAAAUAUUAUUAUAGUUAAUAUUCUAUCAUUGAGAGUUUACACGAUGCGCGCGUAUAUAUACGGCCUUAUAUUUAUAAUUUAUGAUGUAUGGCCUUAUAAUGUUAUUUAUAUACGUAUGUGGUAAUCAUAUAUAGCAUGUUUGUUUACACUGAAAUAAAUACAAUUUUCUGAAUUAAUAAUGUA